UAUCAAGUAAUUGAGUCUCUUUCAAUGCGACUGUAAGCCCGAGAAAUGAAUAAAGCAGGCGGCCGAAUAUGAUAAAGCGACAAAGUAAUUAUACUGGCAUCACGUGAUACUGCCUUUGAUGUCGCGAUCUACGCGUCCGCUCACGGCAAAUAUCUCAAACAGCUAAAACUCCAGACUCUUUCAAACUGAAUCUGAAUCCGGAUACUGAACGAAACUGACUUUGAAUACGACAAAGGGAUAAGUAAAUUGAUAUGCUUGUCACGUGGUUCUGCAGGUCAGGACGAUCACAGCUGUCGUGACAAAGACAGACAGGCUGCCUUAAAACACCCUUCCCGCUGCGAGUAACACAAAUCGCCGCCAUGUCGUCGUCCAACCGUGACCCGAAGAGGAAGAACGACGACCGGGACGAGAAGCCCAUUUCUCCACCCCCUGUCAAACGAAAGGUUCAGUCUACAACUACAAAAGAUGCCGUCUCCUCGUUCUUCAAACCAACCUCCCAGAAGCCACCGGAGCCUCUUACCUGGUCGGAAAGAGCUGUGAACGAAGACACUAAAACUUCCCUCAUCGUCGGCAAAUAUGUUCCCCAAGGCACAUCCACCGCGCCAAGUGAUGCCGCCCCUGCCGCUCCAAAGAAGACAAGGAUUGCUGCCUUUGAUUUAGACUGGACCCUCGUCAAGUCCGCCUCGGGCAAGAGGUUCGUCUACGACGCCGGAGACUGGAAGUGGUGGCAUCCCAACGUGCCCGUGAUGCUGAAAAAGCUGCACCAGGAACAAGAAUUCAACAUCGUAAUCAUCAGCAACCAGGGCGCCAUCCAAUUACAUCCCGAUCGCAAGGCCCCAAGCGCACUUAGGGGUCGUCUGGACUCCUGGAAAGAGAAGAUUGCGUCGAUUCUGCGACAAUUGGAUAUCCCAGUCACGUUGUAUGCCGCUACGCAGUUUGAUAACUAUAGGAAGCCGCGGACGGGGAUGUGGGAUGAGAUACUGAAGGACCUCGAUCUCACACCCGAAACCGUCCACAUGGGAGAAUCCUUUGUAGUAGGCGACGCCGCAGGCCGUAUCGCCGUGCCUGGGAUUGAUAAGGACUUUUCUGCUUCUGACCGCGGCUUCGCCGAUAACAUAGGAAUCCUAUUCCUCACCCCCGAAGAGUACUUCCUAGACGAGGCACCACGGGAAUACAUCCGCUCCUUCGAGCCAGGAGACUACGUCAACACAGCCUCUGUCAAUGAUACCGCCGGUUCGUGGUCCACUGGAGCCUGGAAUUCGAGAGCGCCGUUCUAAUAUGGAGUUGUAGAGGACCCCCCCUUCGUGCCGUCGAGCGAGCAAGAGAUUAUCCUCUUCGUCGGCUCCCCCGCCUCCGGCAAAUCAACCUUCUACCACCAGCACUUCCAGCACCUCAGCCCGAGCUACAUCCGCAUCAACCAAGACCUUCUCAAGACGCGGGAUAAAUGCCUCAAAGUCGCGCGAACCCAUCUCGAAGAGGGAGUCUCCGUGGUCAUCGACAACACCAACGCCGACGAGGCGACGAGGAAACAUUGGGUUGAGCUGGCGAGGGAGAGGGG